UGUUGUCCACUGGACACUGGAUUGGAGAGUUCAGGACCAUCAUUUCUCGAUAUUGUUUGAGAGGUCUAUGGCGGGAACCAUCCAAUCCCUAAUUUUGACGCCUCCGUCCAUCGUCACCAGCCCGUUUCCUUGCCGGAAAACUUGCUGUCUCUUCAGCCGUUCCCUCAGAAUCAAUCCUCCUCGCCGUUCCAUUUCAACACUUAUCAUUUCCCGUAAACCGUCCGAUGAGAUACAUGGUUCAGAUUUGGCUAAUGGAUUAAAUUGGACAAAACCUUUAAUGAAUUUUGCCUCCAAUAAUUUUCUUCCCCUAGCACUUACCAGUGGAGUAGCAUUUGGACUUGUAAAUCCUACCCUUGGUUGUCUUGCUGAUAAAUGUAAUUUGUCAAAAUUUAGCACUUUUGGGAUAUUUGUUGUCUCAGGUUUGACUCUGCGUAGUGAUGCAAUUGGUGCUGCUGUGAAAGCAUGGCCUGUAGGACUUUUUGGGCUAAGCUCCAUCCUAUUUUUUACACCGUACUUUUCAAGGAUAAUAUUGCUAAUUCCACUUCAACCUCAGGAGUUUGUUACAGGACUAGCAAUAUUUAGCUGUAUGCCAACAACAUUAUCAAGCGCAGUUGCACUUACUCAGCUUGCUGGGGGGAACUCAGCACUCGCUCUUGCAAUGACGGUGCUAUCUAAUUUGCUAGGAAUCUUGAUUAUUCCAUUUUCCAUCUCAAAAUUCAUAGCUGUUGGAGUUGGUGUGUAUGUUCCAACUGCACAACUACUUAAAAGUCUUGUUCUCACACUUUUGGUUCCUUUGAUCUUGGGGAAGGUUUUACGAGAAUCUUCUAGAGGAUUGGCAAACUUCGUUGACCAUAACCGUAGACUUUUUUCGAAGAUCAAUGCUGUCUUCCUCAGCUUAGUGCCAUGGAUGCAAGUGAGCAGGUCAAGGUCGCUUCUGAUUAUGGUUAAACCUGCAGCUUUUAUUGUAGCUAUUGGGAUGGGAAUGCUUUUACACCUCGGUCUAUUAGCUUUUAAUGCACUUGCUAUAAGGAGCCUGUCAGCCGUCUCUGGUGGUCAUAAAUCAAUUUUUUCUAAGAAAGAAAAUGCCCAAGCAGCUUUGCUUGUUGCAAGCCAGAAAACUCUACCUGUAAUGGUGGCUGUUGUGCAGCAGCUUGGUGGUGCAUUUGGUGAAUCUGGUUUGCUGGUUCUACCCUGUGUUGCUGCACAUUUAAUUCAGAUUGUCUUGGAUUCCUUCCUGGCUAACUUCUGGCUUCGAAAAGAGCUCUCAUCAAAUACUGCCAAGGUAGCCUGAGUGGUAACACCCUUCUCGAUCCUUGGUAGACACAAUUUUAUUAUGCUGUCAAACAGAUUAACUGUUGACUAAUAAUUUAAUCAUCUUGAAUAAUUUUAAAAUCCUUUUAUAUGCUAUCAUCUUCUAUCUCGCGUUUGCCAA